UAUUUGUCAACUCCUGAUGAGCGCCUGCGAUGGCAAGCCAAUGCACUACCUGACGACGAAUUGUGUACUGAAAAUGCAAUAAUUUUGCGCAGAUUCAAUAGGUAUCCGCUCAUCAUUGACCCUAGUGGACAGGCCACUGAGUUUGUUCUUCAUGAAUACAGAGAUAAGAAGAUAACAAAAACCUCUUUCUUAGAUGACGCCUUUCGCAAGAACCUCGAGUCUUCACUUCGGUUUGGGACUCCGCUUCUCGUGCAGGACGUCGAAUCUUAUGACCCCAUUCUCAAUCCUGUGCUCAAUCGUGAAGUUAGGCGUACUGGUGGGCGUACGUUGGUGACCCUCGGAGAUCAGGAUAUUGAUCUUUCGCCUACCUUUACCAUUUUCCUUUCAACCAGAGAUCCUUCGAUUGAAUUCCCGGCCGACAUCUGCUCCAGAGUCACAUUCGUUAAUUUCACUGUAACUCGGAGCAGUCUUCAAAGUCAAUGUCUUAAUGCAGUGCUUAAAGCUGAACGACCAGAUGUGGACUCCAAGCGUUCUGAUCUCAUGAAAAUGCAGGGACAAUUUCAAUUGAAGCUUCGGCAUUUGGAAAAGGACCUCUUGCAGGCACUUAAUGAAGCUAAGGGAAACUUGUUAGACGACGACAAGAUAAUUGCUCGCCUCGAGACCUUGAAACGAGAGGCAGGCGAAGUUGCAAAGAAAGUAGAGGAAACAGAUGCCAUUAUGGCUGAGGUUGAAUCCGUUUCCCAACAGUACGUGCCACUUGCCCAAGCUUGCUCAAACAUCUACUUCACUCUUGAAGCUAUGAAUCAAGUCCACUUUCUCUAUCAAUACUCGCUGCACUUUUUACUUGAGAUAUUUAGCACAGUCUUAGGACAGAACGACAACCUAAAGGAUGUCAAAGAAGCUGGACAGCGCCUCGCUAUAAUUACUAAGGAUCUAUUCCAGGUUCGUGCUACUGAACUUCACUCAUUAAUUCUCAUUCUGUUUUGUCAAUAUUCCUUCUAA